UAAUGGUCCCAGUGUGACACUUCCGGCGGAAGUAGACAACAAAGCGCUAGCAGCGUUAGCUUCCAGGUUUGCUUGUUCAUCGUCGGUCAGAAGUCUGUUUUUGCUGUAAACUGAAUAUUUCAGCGUCUGCAGCAACAAUAUCUUCGCUUCAUCACCAGAGAGCGACUAACUGCUGAAUAAAUAUUCAGAACCAUCGUCCAGGAGGAGGAAGAGACCGAGCAUCAGCUCAGACUGCUAGAUAGCAGCUGGAGAACCCGAACCGGGUCAGAACCUCCAGGUUCUCUACAGCAUCAGGUCUGUUGCAGACCACCUUCUCGUAACAGAAGAAAUAAACUUCAUUUUUGACCCCAAGAUGCCAAACACUACAGAAAUAAAAGAGGAACAGGAGGAAGCAGGAACACAGCAGAUGAGUGAGCCAAAAGAGGAACCAGAACCUCAGCUAAAUAGAGAAGAACAUAUUGAAGUGUGGGUCUUUCAGGAUGAAGAGCAGCUUUUAGUGAAGCAGGAGACCAACACCUCUUUGGUCACUCCUGCUGUUGAGGAAAUGUUCCACAAUGCACCAGAACGGCAGAAUAUUAUUGAGGUAAAGGAGGAAGUAGAACCUGUCAAAAUUAAAAAGGAACCGGAGUAUUUAAAACCUAAAAGGGAACAAGAGGAUCUUUGCAGCAACCAGGAUGAAGACCAGCUUGUGGUGAAGCUGAAAAUUAAAAGGGAACCAGAGGAUCCCUGCAGCAGUGAGGAUGAAGAUCAGCUUGUAGUGAAGCAGGAGAUGGACGGCUAUGUGGUGACACCUACUUGUGAGCAAAAUGACAGUGAUCAAGAACCAAACAAGAACCAGCUCCUUUUAACAAAUUGCCUUGAAGCAAUUGACGAACCUCAGCAAGGAAGCAGCCAGCAAGACUCGGGAUCAAGAAUACACCAAGAUUUGGAAACAGAGGAGAGAAAUCAGGACAUCGGAAAUCACAUGGAUAAUGUGAACAAUUCAGAACUAAAAACACAUUUGGCUUCUUGUGAGACAUGUGGUAAAUGUUUCAGUAACUUUAAGUACUUACAUGUGCACACGAGAAUCCACUCAAGUGAGAAGCCGUAUCCUUGUGAAAUGUGUGAAAAAUCCUUCAAAGCACGUAGCAGUUUGGCUCGUCACCUUACAACACACGAAAAGGAGAAAGCUUUCUCAUGUGUGUCCUGUGGAAAAGGUUUCAUCUGGAAGUCUGAUUUAAUGAUACACAUGAGAACUCAUACAGGUGAGAAACCUUUUCCUUGUGAAGUGUGUGGUAAACAUUUCAUACAGGGUCACAAUUUAACUCGUCACCUUAGAACUCACUCUGGUGAAAAGCCUUAUUCUUGUAAGUUGUGUGAUAAAUCUUUUCAGCAAAGUCACAAUUUGACUCGUCACCUCAGAACUCAUACAGGUGAAACUCCUUAUUCUUGUGACUUGUGUGAAAAAUCUUUUAGAACUAGGCCUAUUCUGGUACGUCACCUUAGAACUCACUCAGGGGAAAAGCCUUAUUCCUGUGACUUGUGUAAUAAAUCUUUUGGAGAACUUCGUGUUUUGGCAUGUCAUAAAAGAAUUCACACGGGUGAAAAGCCUUAUUCUUGUAAGUUUUGUGAAAAAUCUUUUCGGGAAAAUCAUGAUUUGACUCGUCACCUUAGAACUCACACAGGUGAAAAGCCUUAUUCUUGUAGGUUGUGUGAAAAAUCUUUUCGACAAAGUAACGAUCUGACUCGUCACCUUAGAACUCACACAGGUGAAAGGCCUUUUUCUUGUGACUUUUGUGGCAAAUCUUUUAGAACAACUGCUAGUCUGGCUUGUCACCAUAGAACUCACACAGGGGAGAAGCCUUAUUCUUGUGACUUGUGUGAUAAAUCUUUUAGAGACCUUAGUACUUUGGCAUGUCACAAAAUAACUCACAAAGAUAAAAGGCCACAUUCCUGUGAAUUCUGUGAUAAAUCUUUCGUGCGAAAUACUGAUUUGACUCGUCACCGUAGAACUCACACAGGUGAGAAGCCUUAUUUUUGUGAGUUGUGUGGUAAACACUUUAGAGAUGGCAGUUAUUUUGCCCGACACAAAAAAAGUCACACGGUUAAGAAGCCUUAAUUCAGUGUAGUUUUUAAGGCAGCAAUUAACUACAAAUGUCAUUUUAAGGUGCUAGAGGAAAUAUAUCUGAUUCACAUAGAAAUAAAUAAUCAAACAAACCCAACAGGGGGACAAAACUGUGAUCUAGCUGUUCUAAAGUUUACCUCAUGGAGAUCAAAUUUAGAGAUUUAUAAGUAUUUUUUUUUUUCCUCAACCAUGGCAAGAACCAAGAGGAGGAUAUUUAAGUACAGUACCGCAGACUUGAUCGCAGCGAAAUUAUUUUUCUAGGUUAUAAGAUAUAUGUGCUGAACAUUUUCAGCUCUUCCUCCGCUUUCUCUGCCAUGGAAGGAGGAAAGCAGAGAGCCAGCUUUUUACCGUACGCACAGACAGUAGUUUGAUCAGCGCCUGGUGCACUAUUCAGAGUAAAAAAACUUCAGUGCGUGUAAAAUGAAAAAAAAAAAGCCCUGCUAAGUCUGUACAUCUGGAUUGAAUGCAGCGUGCCCAUCUGUGUCUAGAAAGCACAAGAAAAAAUGAAAGUGCUCCGUUUGAUUAUUAGUAUUGAAAUAUCAGUCUAAUUACAGAACUAUGGCAAAAAAGUUUUUAAAUUAACGUAAAAUGCCGGUCAAGAUUUUUAUAUUUGAUAUCUGUUACUUGCAGAUAUUCUUCAGAAAUUUAGGAAACGCUUUAUAUUAACUUUUCAACUGCGACAAACAGAUCCAGUCUACUGGAAAUCAGACAGUCUGGCCAAAUAAACGCUGCAGCAACAAGGGGGAUUCCAAUUAAGCCUCCCCAGCAGGUCUGUGGCACUCAAAAUUGGCUCAUAACCUAGAUGAACUGACUGCACAGAUAAAGUUUAGAGGUGUACUUUCUUGCCUAAACACAUCUUAAAACUACGUUUUGUGAUUAAGGAUAAGAAAUCGGUAGGUUUGUAAACUUGUCAAUUUUCUUACUGCUCCUUAUUCCCGCUUGUGACAGAAAACCUUUCUUGCUGCACACAUCUCCGCCGAUUGAACAAAGCCCCAGGCUUCUUGAAACGUCCUACCCUCAGACCAGGACCUUUUUCUAAAGCCUGGAAAAAGUAAAAUCCCCCAUAUGGAAACGUGCUGUCGGCUUUUGAGGUCUAAUGGUCUAAUUGACUUUGCAGCAAUCCAUGAUACUAAGCAAAUGUGGGUUUGGUUAGUUUUUCUUCAGACUAGGCACAUGUGAAAAAUUACAGAUUUGUGUACCAACCUGGAGGCAUCUCGGGGUUGAACACAGCUCGUUUUUAUAAACAUUUUAAACAAUGCAUAUACCUCCCACGUGUGGUUUUUAUCAUCAAUCAGGAGAUAGUUCCUGGCAUAAGUUAUAAAACAAAAUGGAAGUAUUUAAGAAAAAUAAAAGAGAACAUAAAGUAAACAUUUUAAGGUAGAGUGGACGAUUUUUCUGGAUAUGUGAGUUAAAAAAACAAAACAGCCAAGUCACUUUUUGAAUAACUGCAAAACCAUCCAACUUUCUCUUCCGGUUCUCAGGGGGUGCUGUCUCCCAAAUCCACUCUUAUUUCUUUCUACUGAGGCCUUCUUCUGAUAAACUCGUACACGGUUUGCUUCUUGCGACUCUCAGACACUUUCAAGGUAUACAGUGAGAGCAGCGGAGCUACAAUGAACAGCUAAUAACGAAGCAAGCUGGGUACUCAGGGCGCAGUUCAACUGGCCUACCUGGUUCUGCCUGCCUGACUCGGCUCUUUCCCGCUCGGAUUUAGUGAUUCGACCAGCCUAGAAAGGCCUGGAAGAGGGAAACGCCUCGUGGGUCUAGUUUUAGCCCUCGCUCUCUGCUUUGAAGCUGUUUGAGAGGGACAGAAGCGGAGAGGCGGAGCCGCUUAGCUUGCAAAUGUCAGGCCUCUCUACCAGCGUUUUACCGCUGUCUGAGCUCCGUAUAUUGGCGAGUGAUGCCAAACCAGUUAAAGUUUGCAGCUUUUUAUGAGAUCUUUUGUCUCAGUAAUGGUGGCAGCAAAGAGGACUCAUUAAUAAAAAAAAAUGUAUUGAUUUGAUUUUGCAUAAAAACCUAACGAGCAGUUCUAGAAAGCUUGGAAAACUACUCCAGAAAUUUUGAAUUGAGAAACCUUCCUGGAUGGGAAGCAAGACAUCUUCAGCUUUAGAAUAGAAAUCCAGUUGUUUUGUUUUUUUUAACCUUUAGGUCUACAGACAGUCCUCAAGCCCCACCUAGUGGCGAAAAAUCACUUAUUGCUCCUUUUAAUCACAGCUUAAUACUAUCUUUUACAAACUACUUUAAAUUUUGUAUUUCUUUUUUAGUGUGAUUUUUCCUGUUUUUCUUAACUGUUUUGUUUCUCAUAUUUUUGUUUUUAGCAUUGAAAUUUUGCAAGUUCUCUCUAAAUGAAUCUUUAUUUUGUUCACAUGUAGUGAUCUGUUUUCUUUUCUUUUAUAUUGAUGUAUUGUUCUAUAUUAGAUGCGUAAUACAGUAUUUAAGAUUACUGGGAAAAAAGUUAAGCAGAUCAUGAAUGAAAUGGAGUAGUGAGUGUGAAACUGGUUAGAACCUUGAAGACCACUCUGGGUCUCUAAGAAAGACCCUUAGCCCCAGAAUGUUUCCUGCCUGCUGUAAGCUGCCCAUUGCUCCCUGAGGAGAUGGGUUGAUGGGUUUGUUGGACUGUACAUUUGCUAUGAUAAAUAAAAGUUUCUUCUUCUAGAUAAA